CGUAGAAUUGAGAGACAGUCUAUUGGCUGACCUAGAAAAGGUCCCAAAAAAUGAAGAACUGUCUUUUCAUGAAAAAAAAGGAGAUGAGUUUUUGAAGAAAAGCAUGGAUUACCGUAAUGCAUGCGAAAAACAAUGGGAUAAACUAAGCCUAUUAAAGAAAGAAGAUCUCGAGAACAUUUCUUCUGAAGAAUUGAAGGAUUCAAGCAUUACUAUUGCAAAAUUAGCUCUUUUCAUGAAAAAAAAGGAGAUGAAAGAUCUCGAGAACAUUUCUUCUGAAGAAUUGAAGGAUUCAAGCAUUACUAUUGCAAAAUUAGCCUAUGGUGAAUAUAAAAUCGCCUGCGAGACUGCGGAAAGAGACAAAAUUCUCAGCAAGUCACGCAAAAAAGAUUUACUCGAUGCAAAAGACUUAUUUGACGAAGUUAGUAAUUCUAAAGAUUCUAAUGAAAAUACCUUUACAUCAAAAAUCAUGCUAAAAAAUAAUUCCAAUAACGUAACUAAAACAGUGGAUCAGAGUAUUUCGUUAAUUCAAAAACGUUUUAUCAAAAAUUCUAUUAGUAAGGAUAUAGCAAGAAUAAUUUCCACAUUAAGACUCAAAGCAGACAGUGGAGAGUCAGUCUUGUAUCACACACUUAAUAAAGGAGAUUUGCUGGCAAAAGAUUCCAAUUCUAAAACUGAAUGCGUAGCAAUAACUGCUGCUAGUGCUAGUGCUACAGUUAUAAAAUUUGUGUCGGCUGUUGCAUCUUGUAAUAUUUCACCAGUUUUUCUAUCUGUAUCUACUAAAUCCAUAGGAGUAGGGGUAAUGGGGUUUGCUACCAAUCCAAUUAUAACCACAAUAACUACAUCACUUAGUCUGAUAGCUUUGGGUCUCAGCAUUGCAAAAAUAAAAAAUCAAUCGGAAAUUCAUAAAAAUCUCUGUAAUAUUCUGGGAGAUGCAUAUAAAAAAUACCAUGACAAAGAUUACCAAGAACUUUUUAAAAUACUUGAAAGACCUUAUAAAAAGAAUGAAAAGGAUGCCUGCCUUUUUAAAUUAUGUCCUAAAAAUACCAAAAACAAUAUAAUAAAUACCCUUUUAGAUUACGGUGUCUCUCCUGAAUGCAUUGCCGGGUUGUUGUGUUUGAUUGGAAGUGCGUUAGUUGAAGAAGGAAUGCCGUCAAUUAACGAUAGAGGAACAAGAGACAAUGGUAUGAAAGAUACGGACUUUUUAUUUAUAGCGAAAGGAAUUCUUUUGUCGAUAAUAGAUCUUGAAAAUGAGAUCAAGGAAUUUUAUAAACGCAAAAAUGGUGUUAUUCUUAAAAAAGCUUUCAACAAGGUUUGCAGCAUUUCGUUUGAUGCACCAAAACCGGACAAAAUGCAGACAAGAUAUAUUGAACUUGGAGAAAGAUUAGCAAAAAUUAUUCCUAAACAUCUAGGUACACCACACUAUCCCCAAAAUAUGUCUGUUGAAUCAAAAUUGGAGAUGUGGCGUAACUUUGCAAAACUUCAUCUCGCAUUGCUUAAGAUUAAUCUGGCAGAUGAAGAAGCUAAACAGUAUAUUAAUGAAGUUCGAAAGUCAACAGAAAAUUCUCAACCCAAUUUUGUGAAACCACUUCUUGAUUUCACGGAAAAAAUCUAUGAAGAAGUACUUAAGAUUUCGAAUAAAGAGGCCAAUCA